AUGUAUAAAAACAAUUUUUUAAUAAAAUGAAUAUUUUCGUCUAACCAUAAAGAUAUCGGAAUUUUAUACUCUUUAUUUGGAUUUUGAUCGGGUAUAUUUGGUUUAUCAUUAAGUAUAUUAAUCCGAUUAAACUUACGAACAUCCUUUAAACUAUUUAUUAGAAAUGACCAAUUUUAUAAUUCGGUAGUAACAGCCCAUGCAUUCGUAAUGAUUUUUUUUACAGUUAUACCAAUUAUAAUUGGUGGGUUUGGUAAUUGAUUAGUACCUUUAAUAUUAGGAGCACCAGAUAUAGCAUUUCCUCGACUUAAUAACAUAAGAUUUUGACUUCUUCCACCCUCUUUAACAUUGUUAAUUAUAGGUUCAUCAAAAGAUGGUGCAGGAACAGGAUGAACAGUUUACCCACCUUUGUCAACUUUUUAUCACUCUGGACCAUCAGUAGAUUUAACUAUUUUUUCCCUUCAUUUAGCAGGUAUUUCUUCAAUUCUAGGAGCCUUAAAUUUUAUUACAACGAUUUUAAAUUUAAAGAUCAAAAAAUUAACAACGGAAAAGAUAACUUUAUUUGUUUGAUCAGUUAUUUUAACAGCUAUUUUAUUAUUAUUGUCGUUACCAGUUUUAGCAGGAGCUAUUACAAUAUUAUUAACAGACCGAAACUUAAAUACAUCCUUCUUUGAUCCGAGAGGAGGUGGGGACCCAGUUUUAUACCAGCACUUGUUUUGAUUUUUUGGGCACCCAGAAGUUUAUAUUUUAAUCUUGCCUGGUUUUGGUUUAAUCUCCCAUAUUAUUACACAAGAAAGGAAUAAAAAAAGAACAUUUGGAUUAAUAGGAAUAAUUUACGCUAUAAUGGCUAUUGGAUUUUUAGGAUUUAUUGUUUGAGCUCAUCAUAUAUUCACAAUUGGAAUAGAUGUAGAUACACGAGCCUACUUUACUUCAGCAACCAUAAUUAUCGCUGUUCCUACGGGAAUUAAAAUUUUUAGAUGAUUAGCUACAUUUUCAGGUGCGAAAAUCAAUAUAAAAGUAUCAACCUUAUGAAGAAUAGGAUUUGUAUUUCUCUUCACUUUGGGGGGGCUUACAGGGGUUAUACUUUCUAAUUCUUCUAUUGAUAUUGUUCUUCAUGAUACUUAUUAUGUAGUAGCACAUUUUCAUUAUGUAUUAUCCAUAGGUGCUAUUUUUGCUAUUUUCGCAGGAACAGUACAUUGAUAUCCUUUAUUUACAGGAUUAACAAUAAAAAAAAAAUUGCUGAAAAUUCAUUUUUUUUUAAUAUUUAUUGGUGUUAACCUAACAUUUUUCCCUCAACAUUUUAUGGGAUUAAGAGGAAUACCUCGACGUUAUUCUGAUUAUCCAUUUAUGUUUGAAUCAUGAAAUAAAAUCUCAAGAUUUGGAUCAAUUAUCAGAUUGAUAGCAACAAUUUUAUUUAUUUUUAUUCUUUGGGAAAGAAUAGCUUCUCAACGAAUCGUUGUUAUGCUAAAUAAAAAUAAUUGAUCUAUUGAAUGAAAUAAAUCAGCACCAACUAAGGAACACUGUUUUGAAGAAAAUCCAAAGAUUUUUAACUUUUAA